AACUUGCAUUUUUAAAUGUUAAUUUUUAAUUUAUUAAUGGCAGUUGAGAAGAUUUAAAAUAACAUUAUCCAAUAUUUAUUAAACUUGAGGUGGGCCAAAAGAUUUUACACCGUAAUUCACUAAAAAAACAGACCCAUUAUUUCGUGAAUAGGCCCAGAUUUUUGGGGGGGAAAUUUUUCUGUUGCUUAUAAAGAGGUAGAUUAAACAGGCCCAGGAGCUUAGUUAUUGAAAAAAAAUGGCUUUUUUACGAAAAAAUUGAAUAGGCCCAGAAAGUUGGAAAUGCAAAAAAAAAAACAGCCCAAAGCUACAGUAAUCGGCCCAAAACUUUAGGCGGGAUUUUUUUCCUGCUGCUCUUGUAAAUAGAAGGAUAGUAGAUUUUAAAUAUGUUAAUUUUAUUUUUAAUUACAAUCCAAUUUAAUAUACUCCGUAAUUUUUUACACUAAAAAUAUUACUCCCUCCGUCUGGAAAUGAUGUUCCCAUUCUACUCUUUUUUCCGUCCGGAAAUGAUCGAUGGCAGAGCAGGCGGCGGCGACAGUAGAGUAGAUGGCAGUGGUGAGAGCUAGAUUCGGAUAGAUUUGUAUUAGAUCUUUUUCUUCUCGUUUUGUUUCCCCUGGUUUUUCCCUUCCCUUAUUGUGGUGAGUGGCUGAAGAAGAAGAUGAGGAUAGGGAUGGCGAAGAUGAAGUAGUUGGUGAUGGCGUUGGGCGGCGGUGGAGCCGGAGCAGUGGGGAGUGGCGAUAGGAUGGGGCCGCGGUGGGCAGCGCAGAGAUGGGCGGAGGUGGGUUGGGGCAGCUGUGGCUGGGGUGAGAUAGUGGUGGGGGCAAAGCAAUUCAAUGAGGGCAUUUUGGACAUUUCAAUAUCAUAGUCAGAAAAGACAGCCCAAUCAACCAUGGGCAACCCUAGCCGAUUCUAGUUUUUUUCCUUCUCCGCCUCCCCAAUCUCCCUCUCUCACUCUCUCUCUCUCUCUCUACACGACAAUGCUAUCUCUUCUGUUCUGCCUCUUUCACUUUCCAUUUUCAAUACAUGAUUUUGUUUAUUUGUAGAAUUAUUGCUUUAACAACGGAAAUAUAUUUACUUGUUUCAGAUACUUUCAUGUUUUUGGAUCCGGAUUGAUUGUUCUGUGAAUGAAUUUUUCUAUUUUAUGUUAUUAUGGAUUUUAUCAUCGGCUUGGGUAGACUGAUUCUCACCGAAUGGGACGUCUUCAAGCUCAACCCAGGAUUGAGCUGGAUAAUAGGUUUAUAAAUAUAUAUAUAUAUAUAUAUAUAUUCAGGUUUAUAUUUUGUUGGAGCAAUCACAGAUUGAGCUCGAUAAAUUUCUGUUAAUGUAUAUAUACACAUUUUUUUUUAAAAUUUAUCAAGUGGUCUAAAUUUUAUUUCUUCCAAUGUUCAUAGAUCUUGUUUUUGGUUAAUAGAUCUAUGUGUGGAGUAGUAGUUUUUCAUCGUUAUACAAACGAUUAUCUUUAUACUCGUUUCAAAUUUUUUUGCAUGCUAUGAUCUAUCUUCCUAGGGUCCACCUCUGCAAGGUGAUGUUGUCUAUUUAAAAGUUUGAAGAAGUGAGCCAGGAAAAAAUAUGAAGUUCUCUGAUUUCAUUAUUCACAAGGGAAAAGCUUCUGCUUUUCACCAACAUUCUUUUGUGCAUAGAACACCGUUUCGGAGAAGCAGGUAUGAGGUGCUUUUGCUUUCAGCUUUUGUAGAAAUUACUUUAUGCUAAUCACUCCCAAACACCCUCUUAGGCUUACACAUUGAGAGAAUGUGAUGAGUCAAAGUGCUUAGAUAAACAGUUCCAAAGUCAAAUGUUGACAAACACAGAGGGACGGAGAGAGUAUAUGAUUUGGUGUUGAGGAAUCAUCAAGUGUCCGGCUAUUAUAACUUGUGUGAUUGACUUCGAUCAUUUUGAGGGUGCGGGUAGAUUGGUCAUUUUGGUUAUUUAAUUGAGUAAACGCAAGUUUCGCCGGUCCUACCAACACCAAGAAGAGAACCAAUCGGCCAAGAAGUGAAUCCUCAAAUCCCCAACCUCAAUUAUCUGAAAAUUCGAGGUAAUGCUUAUACUCUUAAUCCUUCUAUUUUCUUUGAAGAUGAGGAAACAUUAGAGUCUUUCACAAAACUCUUUCUUCCUGGCAAGGUUAUUUCACCCCGUUAUGUUGAUCUCUUUGAAUUUGAAAAAGAUGAAUCUUUUGCACCGUAUUUGUCUAGAGGUGUGCAAGGCGUCUAACAAAUAAUGGCAAAAUUGAAAUUGAGUUGAAAUAGCGUUACAUUAUGAAAAAAUUUUGUACACUAUUACUCUAUGUAGCUUUUAUAUAAUGUCAAUUUAACUAUGGAAAUUCAUUAUAGCUUUUAAAAAUUUUACGUUUGACAGAAAGAAAGAAAUUAUAUACCAUACAUUACUAUCAUUCACAGAAGAAAUACCUUAUGGAAAUGAUGUACAACAAUACACUAUUGCCUUUUACAUGGGGAAAAGAAUUAAUAUAUCACUUCCAAUGUUGUAAAUUUCUGGGAAUAAACUGAAGUUUAUAUAAACUUUUUUUUAUAUUUACUUUCUUGUUUAGAAAGACAUUGUCCGUUUCAAUUUCACUCUUUCCAUGGAGAAAACAUAUUCCUUUUCCAAUUGCUUUUGAUAUAGAGCCUACUUUUAAUUUUCUUAGUUGUAUAUGGUAAAAUAAAAUUAUUACUCCAUAUUUUUUUUAGCAGUUUUCACACCCAAUUCACCAAAACCAAUUGUUCGCAUGGUACAUUUUCAUAUGCAGUAGAGGCAUCACUGUUUGUUUAGAAAUUUGUGGCGUUUGAUUUAGUAAUGACUGUUUAGAAUUUUUUCUGAGAAACUACAGCCCAUUUGUUUCUUUUGUUUUAUUUAAUGUUUUAAGAACUUUAUUUCUCCUUGCUUUUGAAUUUGAAAUGUUACAGAUCUGGUUAGGUUUUGGACAAAGUAACAAGGGGACUGGUUUGGCCUGCAAAUAUGAAGUGAAUAUAGAGGCUGGUGUUUUUAUGGAGACAAUAGAUAUAUAUGUUGCUUUUGCAAAUGGUUGGGCAUAUUUCUUAAGGGUCUUUCCAUGGAUACGUUUAUUGGUUGUUCGAAGACAACACUUUGCUGAAAACUAUGAGUUUGAGAGGUUUGUUUUGGGUUUGAUUUGAGAUAUGGAUUUGGACAGUUACUGUUGGAAAAUCAGCUUGGGUUAUGGCCAACUGCUUUCUAAUUUGAAGGCAGAUCAAUUUGAAAGCAGAUUCUUAGGAAGAUAGGUUAGGCAGAUUAGCUUCCUGGUUGAGCUGAUCUGUUGUGGCUUUUUGUUUCAUAACAAGGGAACACUGUUAGGUUGCUAUGUGCUUUGAUUAUUUGGUCUGCUGUCUGCACUUAAGAAGGAAAUACUUGAACAUCGUAAUUUUAGCUUGGGUGCGUCUUUGACUUUGAACCAAACAUGUGGUUGGACCCAUGUUUUUUUUAAAAUAUAUGGCUGAUAUAAUAUCAAUUUUUGUGAAUGUGCUCUAUUAUAUCUAUUGAUUUUUAGUUCUGUUGUUGUUAGCUACAUGAUUUAUUUAAGAAAAAAUAAUGACUUUUCACAUGGAUAAUGUUAUAUCAAAGUAUAUUAAAUGUUCAGAUGAGUCACUAAAUGAUCAGGUGGUUAAUGUAUUUUGUUUUCCCCUAUUGUGGUUGUUCUGCAAAAUAUGGCCGUGCUGCUGAAAUCUGAGAGCCAACUCUUUGUGCUCUUGAUUGUUGUUUCUUUUGGUAGUUUCUUCCAUUCAAAAAGUUUCAGUUUAAGUCUAUGAAAGGUAUAGACUAUGCUAGAUCUACCUCUUUUAUAUUCUCUAUCAAUGAAUGAACCAUAGUCACAGAAUUCGCUCCCAGAGCUGCGACUUCCGUAUUGGUCCGAUUCGUACCCAAUCACAAGUCGCUUGCGAUCCGAUCGCAACCGGUACGGUGAUCCAAAUCGCGAUGGUACGACGCUCCCAAUCGCGAUGGUACGACGAUCCAAAUACCCAGGUACAUCGCACCCAUCGCCGGUGGUACAGCGUACUAGUGGCGACUUCCUCUUCCCAGCAAAGCAACGUCGACUUCCUCUUCCCAGUUUGCCUCUUUCCCUUUUCAACGAUUUCUCUUUCCCAAGUCUUUGUAAAUUGAAUAUGUUCCACUUCCCAGGCACGCUCCACUUUCCCAAUUAAAUAUUUCUCUUUCCC